GCCGAACCUUGUCAGUUUGAUCAGUCCAACAUGUUCUCCGUGUCAACGUACCGUCCCGGAAUGGCCCUCGAUCGAUCAGCCGUUCAGUCUCAACAUACAAACUCGAAAGGUCUAGAAGGAGUGCCUAUUCCCAGUAGUAUGUAUACACCAAGGAGCCUUCAGUCAGACCUGAGUACCCCCUCUCUUUCCCAACACCCACGUACCCCUUUCACCCCAUUCCCCGACAUACUACAUAUUGACAAGAGGCGAAAGUUCCUCCAACAUGUCUCAUCUGGUCAUCACUGCGAUCAAUCCUCUGGUGGUGCACCUUCUGCGCCUUCCCAAGCAAGUCUUCGACAAAUCACAAUCGAUCAGGACAAAUCGCCCCGACGCGACUGUGUCACCGAGUGGCGGAGUUGCCUAAAAUGGACGGCCGCUGUUCAAGACGAGGAGACAUAG